AUGAACUUUUUAGAUUUCCCUGUUGAGGUCGGUGUAACAAUAUUCAACUAUUUAGACACUAAGACUAAAAUAAAUGUGUACAACUGUUCGGAUCAAAUUAAAGAAUACUUUGCAUUGGGAUGUUGUUUCUUGACUAACAUAGUUCUAUCACGAAGCACGCUAGCAACUAUAAAGACACUGAAUGAGAAACUCUUCCUAGACCUCGCAGAGUACAUGAGGAACUUAAAUUUAAGCGGAGUACAAGACCUUACAGUGCAGAACUUAAAGCCUCACAUACACAGAUUCGUUAACCUUAGGUCCCUGGACAUAACUUUCACGAAUAUCUACUUAUCAGACAUAGAUGAGGUAUGCCCAACGAAGGUUAAAAAUAUUGGCAUCAACUUCUUCAGAUGUCCAAGCAGCUAUAUGAAUGACAGCAUCAGCAUAAAAUGUCGAAACACGUUCAAAGAGAGGCAAUUUGAGGCCGUUCAUUUAGUAGUCUUCGAAUACAUUGUUACAGCAUGCCCUCUUCUUUUCCUAAAAGGACUACCUAUGGUAAAAAAAUUGAAAGUUACAAUAUCAGGAUCUGGCAAUUUGAGUGAAUUCUACGUCGACGAAGGAUACUUGUUGUCUAGUAUCAAUGAUCCUUCUUAUAAAAUUGAGCCUAACUUCAAUCAACUGACUUACCAGCUCAAUGUCUUGGCUUCUCCACACAAAUUAUCGAAGCAACUAGAAGGUGUGUCAAGAUUAAUAUUUAGUCACCUUGAAUAUAUUUGCAUAAGGCAUUUAAUGAAAAUAGAUAUUUACGUAUCACCUGUCUUAGCAAACUUAUUUACGAUUUGCUGUACCGGCAUUGAAUUGACAGUUAGUCCUGAUUUACCGGCUAAUUUUAUGAUGAGCGGUUAUAUGGUAUUUAAAGCUUGGAAUAAAGCAACGACGACUUUUGAUGGGAAAUUCUUUGAUGAUGUGCUUUUGGAAUUAAAAGAUUACUUCCCCACAUACGUUUGCAUGCACGACCAGACUAGAAUGCAGAUCACAAACGCACCCAGCGCUUGGUUUUGUAUUGACUAUUGCGUGAAUUUUGAGAAAAAGAUCAGGGAUUUGCCAGAAAAAGUUACGUUAACGGAUUUCUGCCGUCGUGACGGUGAGACAGUAAGAUGUCGACUGCCAAUUAGCUUAUCAUGGAAGUCUGAGACAACGCAGCACUUGACAUUUUUGAGUAUAAACAAUAUAUUACUGAGGAGAGAUUUCUUCGUUAACCUGUUUACUGCUUGUCCCAAAUUGGUUACAUUAGACGUGUAUAUCGAGAAUGAGAUGAUACGUGAAUAUACAAAGUUUCUGUCGAGAGGGAUUCAUUUGGCGAAGUUAAAGAAUUUCAUGUUAAUAUCGGAUGAUAUAGAGUACAACAAAGUUUUUGAGAUUCUAUGCAAUUGUACAAGUUUGGAAAAUGUUCAUAUUAGGGAGCGCGAGAGGGUGGCUGAUAAUGAAGAUGUUGUAACAGAUAACAUAGUAGUUUUUAUACAAAGAUGCGUUAAUUUAUACAGUUUGUUUAUUGAGGCUGAGAUGACUGGAGAAGGUUUGACAAUGUUAAUGGCUCCUUUACGAGUGGAAGCCCAAACGUUGGGUAGAGAUUAUCUGUGUAUAGAAGUGUGUGAAUCAUAUAGUGGUUGGAAUCCAUUUGAAGACGUAUUCAACCCAAGUCCUUUACAGAUUACAAACUGA